UCAGGUUUGACUUGUCAUAAUAACCCCCGUCCCUCUGCUCCUGCCCCACAGCAGCAAUGCAGUCCCAGGGCAGCACUUCCACCCAGGCCUGCUUCGAUUCCCUGAGCUCCAGCGACAGCCUCCCGUUCAGCGACUCGGAUCAGGUGGAGGACGACGCGGAUGUCUUCCUCACGGACGGCUCCUCCUCGGGAGGGGCUACGGCCAACGGAGAUCGGGGGUCGGAAAGCCCAGGGUCCCAGUGGACGUGCGAUUCCUUCACAGAUAAAGAGGAAGAGGAGGAGUCGUACAGGUUGGAGAGUGGCGGCAAGAAGGCGGACGAGACGGGUCCUUCAAACCAGAUCGCCAAAUCCCACGGCGACCUGCAGUUUUCUCAGAAGUGUGCGGAGCUGCAGGGUUUUGUCAGGCCCCUGCUGGAGCUGCUGAGUGGUCUGAAGAGGGGUCGAUUCGAGCGCGGUUUGAGUACUUUCCAGCAGAGUGUUGCUGUGGAUCGAAUCCAGAGGAUUGUGGGGGUUCUACAGAGACCAAACAGCGGUGAGAAGUACCUGAACACGCUGCUCCAGGUGGAGAUGAUGCUCAAGCUUUGGUUUCCUCAGAUCUCGACUCCGCCGGCCUCCUCAAACUCCAGCGUGGCCACGUCCCCUGCCCUCUCCCUCCAAGACAGUUCCAGCUCCACGCCGCCGCAUAAGCACAGGGAUCAGCUACAUAUUCCCGUCAAGAAACGCAGACUCAGCUGGACAAGUACAUGCAGUCCCACGCCUUCCCCUCUGCUUCUCAAGUGCCCUCAUGUCGGAACAGAAGAGAAGAGGGUGAAGCGAGAUCAUGAUGAAAGGGACAAACCCUCUGCUCCUCCUCCACCUCCUCCGUCAUUGGCACCUGAUGCAAAUCCAAUUUCCCCAGAUGUGGCCGGUGACAGACGGCUCACUGCGGACACAAAGGGAAAGGACAAUGACAGCGAGGACCGAGGCAAGCUCUCAAACUACAAAGCAGGUCAAAGCUCUGAGCCGAGUCUGACGUGGGUUCACGUCGCCCCCAUCCUGUCCCCACGAAAGGCCCACCCCUCACAUGAGGGCGCAGCGGCGGCGAGUAACGGCGAAAACCAGCCCAUCAGUGCCAUUACCCCAGCGAGUAGGAGGGGCAGCCCCGCUAGGCAAAACAAGGCCAUCUCUUCUUCUAAGCCUUCCAAGCAGCGCAGCAACCUGAAGAAGCCAAACCCGUGCCAAAGCCAGCCUGUUGCCGGACAACAGAGUGAGAGUAAGACAGUCGCUGCCUUUCAGGGUCAAAGCAAAUCUCUGUUACCAAGGGUGUGCUCCACCCCGGUAAAGACCUGAUGCAUUUGACAAGCAAAGAGUCAGCGGCCUCGAUUUUGUAACUUCGAGUUAAAAGCUGCUGUGAGAAGAAGAAGGGAAGAGGCUGAAGGCCUGUCAUUAAAGAUACAUUAAAGAAAGGAAGGAAAGAUGGUAAAUCAUAGAUGAAGCACAACCCCUUAUCAAGACCGCAACUUCAACAGUUAGUGUAAACAACAAGACGUAAUAUAUUUCAAUAAAUCAAACCUAGAUGAUAAUAGCAAUUCCAUUAUAAUCAUAAUCAUGUGCACUAUGGUGGCUGUGAGUGAGGGCGAUCGGAAAGAGAACCAAUCACUUAAAGGUUAUUUACAGGUUUUUGAGUAACGACCAAUAGGAGAGGUUAUGAAGAUUUGACGAUGAGCAGUUCCUCCUCAGCAUGAAAACGAAAUACACUGUAAUCUGAGAUGUCUCAGUGGGUAUCUGACCUGAGGGACAGGAAAUAGAAUGAGCUGGCUUCAGGGUUCAGUUUGAUGAGGUAACUCCAGCGAUGAGUGAGUAAUGCGCCGUCUUAUGGCAGGAGACACGUGGACUUUACACUCACUUGUAGAUAGAAACCAAGGCGUCUGAGUUGCGGAGAGAAAAAAAGUCAUUUGAAAAUCUCACAGCUAGCGAUGUGAAAUACAAUGUACAGAACGCAGCAUUGAACUGUACGUGUGGUGCUUCAGGAGUCAUCAAGGAGACAGUGGGAAAAAUGAUGUCAUUAACUCACGAAUGUAAUCAGAGACCUGUCUGGGCACUUGGCUGGUGGAUCGGCGACGUCAUGGUGGGCAGAAGUCACGUGAACUUUCAUGUUGUUACUCUGGGUCCAAAUGUUUCUGCAAAACUGGCCGAUAAUCAGGGUCGUGAGAGACUUAACAAAAAAAGACCAGCUUGAAGAAAAAAAAAUAAGGACCACUCAAGGACAUAUACGACUCUGGAGUCCCACAGUUAAUUUAUUCAUGUGUUCAUCCGACACUGUUUUUAUUUAUUGUCUGUAUUUAUUUAUUGGGCAGCUGAGUAUCACCUCCUGUGCACACUCACAGUUUGGCCUACGAUUUUUUGAGGUGAUUGGGAAGAUGCUGUUUUUUUUUUUUUUUUUAUUGCUAUCAUGAUGAAAAUGAGAAAAAUAAUUAACUGAAGGAAGUGGAAUCUCCUGACUUGGACUAUUGGGAUUACUGUGCCUUUUUUUACCAAAUAGGAUGUGUUCAGAAAAAAAGCAUUGGGUGCUUUACGGGAAAACUCAUGUGUUUUGAUUGUUUGCUCCUGUUUGACAAAACAAGUACACACUCGAAUCCAGGCAGACACGCACAAAAAAACCACGGUAUCCAAAACUAUUCAAUACUCUGACAUCUACAGUGAAUCCAAACUUCAUACUUCUUCACCUUCUACACACAAACACACACAAACAGCAGCGGCUGCUACCAGCCUUCAUUUGGGGAAUUUCUAUCGGUUCUGAUCGACGGAGGAACAGACUGACCUCCACUUCAAGAUGGAGCUCUUGAAAACUUGACAAAACAGAAAAUAUAAAUUUAACCCUCAACUGCUCUACUCGACUGCUGCUAUUGUUAUACUAAUUACACUUCUAAUUAAGAUGUUUAAUAGGAGGCGCUCUCUCUCUCUUUAUUUGGAAACCUCAAAUUAUUAUUGUUCAUGUAUAACGGGGGGAGGGGAUUAAUAAUGUGAUUGGAUUUACCUAUAAUGGCAAAAAUAGUAAAUAUUUAGAUUUAAGUAUUUUUAAAAUUUUACAAGUGAAUCAUAUUAUGCUAUUUACAUAACUAGAGAGAUGAGGAGAAGGAGGAUGAGGGGUAUUUUUCAUGUACCAGACCUCCUCCCUCAAAAAAGCCCCAAAUGUCACCUCCGAGCCAAUGGCAGCCUCCAUGUUACUGCUGAUUGUGUUUUGGCGUGAAGGAGUGUACACACCCUCAGUCGCAGACCCCGGGUCAGACCGUCUUGUUUCACGGUGCGUCAGACGCUGGCUCUCUGUCCUAGGCUGGGGGGGGGGGUUCUUCCACCCAGUUUUUAUACGGUUGUGGUUUGAAAGACAAACCAUUUGCACUUAUUUAAUUUUUCAUCGUUUUUUCAUGUAUGGGUUUUUCAGGUAUGGGUUUUUCUACUGAUGACUGGUCAGAAAUAAUACGUCUUGUUUAUUUUUGCUGCCUUUUCGUCUGCUUCUGAUUCCUCCCCUUCUUUCAUCCCAAAAUGUUACGGUAGUUCCCCCUCCCAAAAAACCCUUGUCUCCCCUCCCCCACCCUGCUGCACUCGUCUGCUUUUGCCCUCUCUCCUUCGUCUCCCUCAAUCCCAUUAGUAUCUGUCUUUUUCUCAGCUCAAUCUGUCUUUCUCUCACCCCAUUUCUACUUGAUAUUAUUCUUCUGGCUAAUCUUUUUUCAAUAAUGAUGCAAAAGGACAAAAAAUCUUUUA